GAGGAGUGUGGAGAUGGUGGCGGGAUGAAAGCGGCCGGAGGCGGCGGAGGAGGAGAGCGAUCGAUAAGAAUUCAGACCCUCCGUAUGAAGAUGAGGUUUGCUUCCCUUCGAUCAGCACCGCGAGACCUAUGGUAUAUUUACGUUCUCAAAUUCCUUGAAAGCUAUUCAUAUUUCUCCAUGGCGGUCGUCUGUACCAUCUUCCUAUCGGAUGAAUUCGGCUUGAACGAUGCGCAAGCAGGGUUCGCGUAUGGUUUAAUGGGCACCUUCUCGUCAGUGUAUGGGUUUGUGAUUGGAUUUGUGGUGGACAAGAUUGGAAUUCGAAGAUCUCUUCUCUUGGGAUGCUCCCUGUCCCUCAUUGGACGUUGUACCCUCACCUUCUGUCAAUCACCUAUAUUGCUCGCAGUCAUAAUGUACAUAUUUCUCCCCGCCGGCCAUUGCUUGUGCAUACCUGUCAUGACGCUAGCAAUCAAAGGAUACACCACUUCCAAGAACAGAGGGUUUGCAUACGGCAUCUUCUACGGGAUCAUGAACGCUGGAAUUUUGGUAUCGGGACUGGUUGUGGAUUUUUUCAACAUGAAAUACCCUCGAGCAAGCAUGAAGUACGCUUUGAACGGCACAUCAACAGCUCAUACAUUUGAUGCUGAUGGUUGGAACUUGACGGCUAAUCGUUGCGUUUUUGCUACUGGGACCAUGUCAACAGCUGUUAUGCUCUUUGUAUCCUUCUUCUUUGUGGAGAACAAAGGGUCGAGUAGAUUUUCCUCACAGGAUUUCAACGAUGAUUCCAAUGCAAAGCUGUUGCCCUCCACAGAUGACUCCUGGUCAAACUCAUGCACGAGGAAAAGUCUGUGCGAAGAUCUGAAGGAGAUCGGCACUGAUUCUUCCUUUUGGCGAUUUCUGGGGUUCACAGCAAUUAUGAUUAACUUGCGCUCUUUGUUUCGUCACCUCGAUGCAACGCUGCCAAAGUACAUGAUGAGAGAAUUCGGCGAUCAAGUGGCAAAAGGCAGCAUCUACGCACUGAAUCCGUUAACGAUCAUCUUCCUUGUCCCGAUCGUUUCAGCUGUCACGACCAACAUUGACAAUUUCGAAGCAAUCCAGAUCGCAUGUGCUCUCUUUGUCUUCAUCCUUUCUUUCGGAGAGGCCCUGUGGUCCCCCAGACUUUAUGAUUAUACAGUAUCAGUGGCACCAAAGGGGAAGGAAGGAGCGUUCAUGGCGCUGGGAAAUGCUCCUCUCUUCUUCUCAACGAUGCCAGUGGGACUCCUCUCGGGCUAUCUCCUUCAGGUCUUCUGUCCUGCACAGGGUCCCCGACGAAGCAAGGAGAUGUGGUUUGUCAUCGGACUGAUCACGCUUUCGAGCCCGAUCCUCCUGACGAUCACCAAGAAGUGGAUACGGGAACCCGAGCAUGAAAACGAGCUCGUGGAAUUGCACGUGAAUGGAAAUCAAUCGAACCAUUCAAGUCAGCCGGAGAACGAGACUCAGUUGCUCAAGUCAAGGGGAACGUCUGGUGAUAACGCAGGGUCGUCGUAG